CACAAUUAUAUAAUCUGCUGAGGUCGACGAAAUCCUCUCCGUUCUUCAACCCUCCCUUCUUCAACCCUCCUCCACCAUGACUAAGCCUUCAGCUUCAGCCUUUGACGCCCUCAUGUGCGGCGCACGGGCUGCCGCCGCCAAGAAGAGACGGCUUUCUACUCCUUCUCCAUCUCUGAAGAAGAAGAAAACCCAAUCCUCCGAAACUGAACAGCAGGUACCGCCUACUACCAAGAUUCCAUGCAAUGCUGCUUCUGCUUCAACGAAGUUGAUCACCGAACUGAAGAAGCGGGCACCCCUUAUGAAGAAGAAUCCCUCGGAGUUUGAUCCGCGCUCUGUUGUUUGUUGGGAGGAAGGCCAACCCAUACCCUUCCUGCUCCUCUCAUUGGCAUUCGACAUGAUCGCCGGAGAGACUGGUAGGAUUGCGACCACUGACAUUGUGUGCAACCUUCUGAGGACCGUCAUUCAUGCUACGCCUUCGGAUCUCCUCCUGGUCGUCUAUCUCUUGGCUAACAGGAUUGCUCCCCCACACCAAGGGGUGGAAUUGGGUAUAGGAGAUGCUUCCAUCAUCAAAGCACUUUCGGAGGUUUGUGGUCGGGCUCGAUUGCAGAUCAAGAAGGAGUAUGAGGAAAAAGGUGACUUGGGAUUGGUUGCCCAAGCUAGCCGAUUGUCACAAUCUAUGAUGCGGAAACCGGAACCAUUGACCAUUAGAAAGGUUUUCAACACAUUUCACCUCAUUGCCAAGGAAGUAGGAAAAGACAGCCAAAAGAAGAAAAAUAAUCUUAUUAAGUCACUUCUUGUUGCUGCCACUGACUGUGAACCUUUAUAUCUAAUCCGUUUGUUACAGAAAAAAUUGCGUAUUGGAUGUGCUGAGCAAACUCUCUUAGCUGCAUUAGGCCAAGCUGCAGUGUAUGACGAAAAACAUUCAAAGCCGCCUCCUGGAAUCCAGUCACCUUUGGAAGAGGCAGCAAAGAUUGUGAAACAAGUCUAUUCUGUUCUUCCUGACUAUGACAAGAUAGUGUCUCAAUUGCUUACGGAUGGUGGUGUAUGGGGUCUUCCAAUGAAAUGUAAAUUUACUCUUGGAGUUCCAGUUGGGCCUAUGCUGUCAAAAGCUAUCACAAGUGUAUCUGAAAUUCUAAACAGAUUCCAGGAUGUAGAGUUCACAUGUGAAUACAAAUACGAUGGAGUGCGUGCUCAGAUACAUUACAUGGACGAUGGGUCUGUUGAGAUUUAUAGUAGAAAAGCUGAACGAAACACCGGAAUGUUUCCUGAUGUUGUUGCUGCGGUUUCAAGGUUAAAGAAAACAAAUGUAUCAUCAUUUGUUCUUGAUUGUGAACUUGUAGCAUAUGAUCGCUCAAAACAGAAAAUCCUUCCUUUCCAGGUUCUUAGUACUCGGGCUCGCAAGAAUGUAAUUUUGAGUGACAUAAAGGUAGAUGUUUGCAUAUUUGGUUUUGAUUUGUUGUAUCUUAAUGGCCAAGCACUUCUUCAGGAAAACUUAAAAGUCCGUAGAGAGAAUCUCUAUGCCUCCUUUGAGGAAGAAUGCGGACUUCUUCAGUUUGCAACAUCAAUGUCAUCAAAUGAUAUCGAGGAUGUACAGAAAUUUCUUGAAGAAGCUGUUAAUGCUAGUUGUGAAGGAUUAAUUAUUAAAACAUUAAAUGAAGAUGCAACAUAUGAACCUGCCAAGUAUUCACUGAACUGGGCAAAAUUGAAGAAAGAUUAUCUGGAAAAUGUAGGGGACACACUGGAUUUGGUACCUAUUGGCGGUUUCCAUGGCAUUGGCAAGCGUACAGGAGUCUAUGGUUCUUUUCUCCUUGCUUGCUAUGACAACAAUAAUGAAGAAUUUCAAAGUGUUUGUAAAGUAGGAACAAAAUUUACUGAAGAAAUGCUAGAAGAACGUUGUGCCAUCCUGCGGUCUAAAGUGAUUCCCAAACCAAAGGCAUACUAUCGGUGUGGCGAAAAAAAUAUUCCUGAUGUUUGGUUUGAAGCCAGUGAGGUGUGGGAGGUAAAAUUUUCUGACCUAACCAUCAGCCCUGAUUACCAAGCUGCGGUGGGUAUAGUUGAUUCAAAUAAGGGCAUAUCUCUUCGAUGCCCACGUCCACUUCGGGUUCGGCCUGACAAAACCCCUGAGCAGGCGUCUUCAUCUGAGCUGGUUGCUGAGAUGUAUAAUGCUCAAAAGAAUAUCCACAGAGUGAAAAGCAACGAGAAUGACAGCGAGGAAGAUGAUUAUUGAAGGAAAAUGGAUUUAUUUUUCUCACUAGGUAAUAUUCUUGUUUAUUAAUUAUUAUUGGGUUUCAUUUGAAGGAUUAUUUAAAAGGUGAAUUGCAGAUAUAUGAAGGACUACGGAGUAAUUUUUAAAUUUAUGGCUAAGGGGUCGUGUUGUGUGAUCAAUGUACAAGUCAUUCCGGGUCACAAUGUUUUAUGUUUAUUUAUUCUUGGUGUCCUUAAUAAUUUCAUGAGGCCACACGUUGCUAACGGACUUUGUUCCUUAGCGAUUGUUGGAGUGCCGUUCACUGUGAUUGGCCAGAGCUAGGAGUGACCAUUGUUUCCAUUAAAAGACUUCAUCAUCCCCAUCGAUGAUGCACCGACUCUAGCUAUCCAACAUUGAUUCUUUCACCCCACCAUAUAAAGUUAGAAGUUGUGCACAGUCCUAGGUGCAGUGUCUCUUUUGUGGACAUCCAACUGCCUUGCAUGGUCAAUUCUGUAAGGCAGAACAAAUAUGAGAUCAGCAAUACUAAAGGAGACACAGACAAAGGCAUAGCACCUAGAUAGAAUCCCACAGCAUUUGACUGAGAUUAGCCUUGCAAGCUAAAAAGGUACACUUUGAUGUCACAAUAUUUAUAUUGGCAAGUUUUUAGAGAAAAGCCUGUCAGAAUAGUCACUUCUGAAAUUUACAUUAGUUGCUAUAUUUGUUUACCUAAUAAGUCAGUUUCAAAGUUUCUAUUUCGUGCACGGGUUGUUGAAUUGGUUUUCUGAAAGCAAUUUUUAUGACGAACUGGUGAUUUGAGGAUGGUCAAACACUGAAACAAGUAUGAGACCAGUCCAGAUUGGACAAAUUCCUAUGCCACACAGGGUCAGAUCAUUAGAACCAAAUGCAAAUAUUGUCUGGACCAUCACGCUGGAGCCUGGAGUAAAAAUUUCUCACCCUGAUGUCACUGUUGUGUAAGGAUGUUUUUACUUGGACUGUAAUUUAUUUGCUGUCUGGUCUGAUUUGGUCUGGUAUGGUAAUGUCUGGUCUCUUUGUAUUUUUAUAACUAUCCAAGUUUGGUCUAGUCUGUUCUGGUCUGAGACAAAUUACAGUCGAAGUAAAAACAUCCUAAUUGUUAGUGUUAGACUAACAACUAACAUAUGAUGUAGUAGCAGAAUUCGAGAAAUGUUCCGGACUAAGAAACAGUGUUGUAUUUUACCUCUAUUGAAACUGAGUGAGUCUAGGCUCCAAUAACUCCAUAUUCUAGUUGGCAGCUUAGAUACUUGGGCGAAAAAAGUCUCGAACUUCAUAAUGUGGUCAUGCUAUUAUGCUAUAGACAUAAACAGAAAUAUAUCCUUUGAGGUAAUUACUCCACAAUGCGCAUGUUUUGGAUUUUAAUGGAUGGAAAUAGGUUGGAAUGUUGGAUUGGUCGAGUUGAGGUAACCUUGAGGUUGAACUAAUUAAAAUUGAUCAGAGUUUGAUUUUUAAUACUAACUAGUACUUCGUAUAUCACCCAUGCAAUGCACGGUGUGAGGUGUUGCCCAAAUUGAGGAUGUUUUCUUUUGGACCGUUUUCAGUCCCAGAUCAGACUAAACUUGAAUUCCGUAGUUAUAAAAUACACAGAAACCAGAUGUUACCAGAUCAGACCAGCAAAUUUUAGCCCAAAAGAAAACAUCCUAAUUAUUAACUUUUUUUUGUAUUAAAUAAAAUAUAAUAAGUUGAUACAAAUAUAUUUUAAGAUCUUGUAUAACAUGAGACAAGAUCCAAAAUAAUCCUCGAAGUAUUCUUAUACAAUUAUACAUAAUAAUUCUUGGUGUACACCCUGGGUUACAACCUAAUUAUUUGUCAUUCACACAGACAAAAAAUGCACAAAUAAUGAUACUUUCGGUAAAAUCGUCGGUGUGAAGAAAAUUAGUUUUCAGAUCUGCCAGGUUGAUUGCACGUAGGGGUGGGCAUGGUCCGGGACGGAAUGAGAAUUGGGUUGUCCCGGUACCGAACCCAUUUUAUAAUAACGAUUCGGAACGGGACAGGACAAGACGUUGUCCUUUUGUUGUCCCAUUUAAACUGGUACCGAUACAAAAUGGGAUGGUUCGGGGCAUCCCAAAAAAAGUACUGAAAAAAUUGCAAUCCCAAAAAUAAAGCAAUGUUAUUUCAAAAAAUAAAAAAAACUACCGAAAGAAAAACUCUGACAAAAAACAUUAUAUCUAAUCCCAAAAAUAUGCAACUUACCAUAUUAACUGCAUGAAACAAAAGUUACAACAAAAAACACUAAAACAAAAACCUAUCAAGAAAUCUAUAAAAAAAAUGAUAAAAGAAUACUAUUUGAAGUGAAACAUUUUGGAGUAAAAAUCACUUCUUUUUUGUAGAUAGAUGAUAGUUCAUAGUAUGUGAUACUAGAUAGUUUAGAGUUUUUAGGUGUUUUAUUGUUAAACAACUAGCAUUUUAAUAUGUCAUAAACUCUACGUACGGUAAGAAUCUUGAAAAUAUGAAUAUAAUCACAUAUAGUUUUUCGAUAUAUAUUAUAUAUACAAAGUAAUAUAAUAUUGAAACAUAUUUUAAGAGGAAACGGUUCAGCUCCGCAGGUGACCGACUCAUGCACUCUUCUUUAUGAAAGGUCUCAGGUUCAAUAUUCAAUGGAGUGAGUUUGAUCCUAAUUUACCCAGACCCUAUCCCCGAUCCUUGGGGUAAAAAAAAUCCAAACAUAUUAUAAACUAUUCCGUAUAUAAUACUGAUCAAAAAAAUGUUCACCCCAAUUCUAACGUUUCUUUUGAGUUUCGAGUUUCGACCUAAUACAUGUUCAGUUCAAAAUUCAAAUAAAGAGUAAUGAAUGAAGUGAGAAAAAAUUUUGCAACUGAUGAAAAUUAUUAGUCCGUAUUGUAACUGAUGAAAAAUUUCAAUUGACUUAUGAAAAUAUCAUACUCCCUAGCAUUUUUAAUAGGGGUGGGCGCGGUCCGGUCCGGUCCAAUAUUUGGCCAAAGCCGUACCCGUACCGUUACUAUUCAAACGGUUUGGUUCUGUUCGGUCUUAGACCUAAACCUGUUCGGUACGGUUUUAUUUUGAAACGGGACGAUACCAUGUCAUACCAAUACCAAACAAUGCCACUUUUUCCAAGUGUUUAAGAGACAAUUAAAGUUUAGUCGUCCUCCAAAAAUCUACACAAUUUAUCAAUUUUCAUACUCAUUCCAUCCCAAAUUGACAUGCAAAGUCAAUAUUUUUUGGUCAACCAAUGUUAGAGUUAAAUUCUCUUCAUUGAUAACUAAUUCAAUUUGUAAUAAUUAAAAUAAACAUAUUCAGAAACUACAUUGAAAUUUCUUCAAAGUUGCAAGCUCCAAAUUAAAUAUAAUUAAAAAUUGACAUUCAAGUUAAGUGAAUAAAAUGAAUCUGUUUGACAAAAACAAGUUAAUUUUGCAAAUCAAUUUGGGACGAAGGUAGUAUUACAUAAUUAAUAAAUUUCAGAUAAAUUAUAGUAGUACAAAUUUAAAUUAUUAAACCAUACAUCGGUUCGAUUCCAGACUUCCUAUGAACUAGCAAAGACGGUGAAAAUGUAAAGGCAUUAGUCAAAAUAAUGGUAUAAAUGUAAAUUUAAAUAAUUAAAUCAUACUUCGGUCCGGUUCGGUCCGGUUUCGGUUCUCAUUUUAUGAGAACCGGUCAUGGCAUUGUUUAGAAUUGAUACGGUUCGGUUCGGGAAAAAAAAUUGAGAUCCGUUUCAAACCCCAUUUUUUGGUCCGGUACCAUAUCGGUUCGGUUCGGUAUCAUGCCGGUUCGGUAUUUUUGCCCACCCCUAAUUUUUAAUACUCUCCCUAGCAUUAUGUGUGAACUUUGAUUACAUUUUUUAUACUCAACCACAAUCAUAUAUUUUUAUUUUAUUCUCACUUUUAUAAAUUUGGGUCUGAAUUAAACUGGAAACUACUCCGUAUUUUAUAUGUGGAAUGUUGUAAAAUUUUAAUAAAUUUUUGACAUAUUUAUUUAGAUUCAUAAAUCCUAAAUCCAAUACUUCCGAACAAAGCAGCUGCCUGAACACAUAACAAAGCUCCGUUUAGUUUAUCCAAUAUAGGUAGUAUAUUAAUAUACACUCCGUAUAAUAACAAUUCAAUAUCCCCUAAAGAAGAUCUGGUGCACCAAGAUCUCUCGGAAAUUUCACAUCUUUCAGAUUUUCAUUUUCUUUUUGAGAGUUUCAUUUUUCAGAUCUGAGAAAAGGAAAAGACUUUAUUACUCAAAACAUAGUAGAUCUCAAGGCAUUUCCUCUUCAUCUGGGAACAGGGAACUCCUCAACAUCCUGGAAGUAGUAUUUCUCAUUUUGUAAGGUCUUGUGUCACGCAUCCCUUGCUCUUGAACACAGUUUGCGCCAGUGCCUUUACCAUCGUAUUUGAAGUGGCUUACGCCGGCUGUGGAGCUGGUGUAAGUUUCAGUGAAUUUGCCUUGCUUGAUUCUUGAUUGUUGAGGCAGCUGUUAGUUGUUACUACAUACUUAUUUGUUAAAGUUGCCGCCGGCGGCGGCAGACCCAACGGUGAAGUCCUUGCCCAGUAAUUGUUUUUUUGCCGAUGCUGUUGUACCCAGCGGCGGACGCAGGAUUUCCCGAUAGCAGGGGCGGCAGUAGAAGAAUAUACAUACAAAUACAUAUAUAUUAAAAAUUUCGGGGUAAAUAUACCUAGAAUUUUUUUUUUCGGAGGGGCGGCAGCCCCUCAUUGCCCCCCUUUGUGUCCGCCGCUGGUUGUACCGUCAUCGGUGGUGGGAGUGAAUUAUGGGCAGGCUUGGACAUUUAAUGACUCUGACGGCUGGCUCACACAAUGGAGAAGAGGGACUUUUGCCUGUAUUUGAUAAAGAUGUUUUUGAGCGGGAAAGUGGCCAAGAAUUCCACUUCUUUUUAUAUAUAGGUAGAUGUGUAAUUUAUAGAGAUGUCUAUGUUUUUAAUAUACAUUUUUUGUUUGUGACAACCAUUAUCUUGUUUGUAGCUGUACAAAUUUAUAGAGAUGUCUAUGUCUUUAAUAUACAUUUUUUGUUUGUGAC